AGCCCCGCACACUCGCUGCCCCGACCGUGAGCCGCAGGCCGGUCGCCCCCGCCUUGCCCCGCCCCGCCGCCCGUCCCUGCGGGCCGCAGAGUGCGCGAGGCCCUAGGCCGGGAGUUGUCAGGCCCAGGCCAUUUCCGAGGCGCCCGCUUGUGUCGCCGCCACCACAGAGGACGACGUCGACGCGGAGGAGGCGGCGGCGGAGGCGUGUUGUUGUUUCGCCCACUCUCCUUCCCUGAACUCGCACCCAGCGUCGGGGCGCGAUGGAGUGAAGCGGCGACGAAGGUGGUACUUCCGCGUUGCGCUGCCCGAGCCGAGAGCGCGGCCGAGGCCGCUCCCCCACCCCGGGGGCACUUGGAGGACUCCGGACUCCCCCGCGGGUCAGCGCCCGGCGCAUCUGGUGUUUUUGCUGCUGAGGCUAGAACGACGAGCACGACUCGGAGCUCUGCCGCCCGAAUUGCUGCCUCCGUCAGGCCCGGAAGCCGCUGCGGACCCCACUGCGAUCUGGAACCCAGGGACCCGAGUCCCGACCCGGAUUAUCGUGGCGCGGCUCCAGGCCGGCCCUUGUGCUCGGUGUCCCUCCGCCGCCGCCGUUCCCGUUUCCGGCGGGGGAGAUGGCCAGGAUCUGAGCCGGGAGGAGGCCGCACCCGCGCCGCGCUCUGCGGCGGGCUCUAGGCGAUGCCGAGCAGCUCGGACACGGCGCUGGGGGGAGGCGGGGGCCUGAGCUGGGCGGAGAAGAAGUUGGAGGAACGCCGCAAGCGGAGGCGAUUCCUGUCCCCUCAGCAGCCGCCGCUGCUGUUGCCGCUCCUGCAGCCGCAGCUCCUGCAACCGCCGCCGCCCCCGCCGCCUCUGCUCUUCCUGGCUGCUCCCGGCACGGCCGCCGCCGCAGCCGCCGCCGCCGCGGCCUCCUCCUCUUGCUUCAGCCGGGCCCCCCCUCUGGAGGUCAAGCGGCUGCCGAGAGGCAAGAGGCGCCCAGGAGGGCGGCAGAAGCGGCGCCGCGGGCCCCGCGCCGGGCAGGAGGCGGAGAAGCGUCGGGUCUUCUCGCUGCCCCAGCCGCAGCAGGACGGCGGUGGCGGUGCCAGUAGCGGCGGGGGUGUGACCCCGCUGGUGGAAUACGAGGAUGUGAGCUCCCAGUCCGAGCAGGGGCUGCUGCUGGGGGUGGCCAGCGCGGCAACGGCGGCGACGGCUGCCGGGGGAACGGGGGGCAGCGGCGGGAGUCCGGCCUCCUCCUCUGGCACCCAGCGGCGCGGGGAGGGGUCGGAGCGCAGUCCCCGGCGGGCCCGCCGCCGCAUCAGCGGCCGCAGCAAGGAGCGGCACCGCGAGCACCGGCGGCGGGACGGGCAGCGCGGCGGCGAGGCCUCCAAGUCCCGCAGCCGCCACAGCCACAGCGGCGAGGAGCGGGCCGAGGCGGCCAAGAGCGGCAGCAGCAGCAGCAGCGGCGGCCGCCGGAAGAGCGCCUCGGCCACGUCCAGCAGCAGCAGCAGCCGCAAAGACCGAGACCCGAAGGCCCACCGGAGCCGGACUAAGUCGUCCAAGGAGCCGCCUUCGGCCUACAAGGAGCCGCCCAAGGCCUACCGGGAGGACAAGAGCGAGCCCAAGGCCUACAGGCGGCGGCAGCGGUCCCUGAGCCCGCUGGGAGGCCGGGACGACAGCCCGGUGUCCCACAGGGCCUCGCAGAGCCUGAGGAGCCGCAAAUCCCCCAGCCCGGCAGGAGGUGGCAGCAGCCCCUACUCUCGGCGGCUGCCCCGCUCCCCGAGCCCCUACAGCCGCCGCCGCUCCCCCAGCUACAGCCGCCACAGUUCCUACGAGCGGGGCGGCGACGUGUCCCCCAGCCCCUACAGCAGCAGCAGUUGGCGCCGCUCCCGGAGCCCCUACAGCCCGGUGAUCAGACGGUCUGCCAAAUCCCGAAGCAGAAGCCCAUAUUCAUCUAGGCAUUCAAGAUCUCGUAGCAGGCACAGAUUGUCUAGAUCCAGAAGUCGUCAUUCUAGCAUUUCUCCUAGCACACUAACUCUGAAGAGUAGCUUGGCAGCUGAAUUGAACAAGAAUAAAAAAGCAAGAGCUGCAGAGGCAGCAAGAGCUGCAGAGGCAGCGAAAGCUGCUGAGGCCGCUGCCAAAGCUACCAAAGCCUCAAACACUUCUACACCUACCAAGGGGAACACAGAGACUGGUGCCAGCGCAUCACAAACUAACCAUGUGAAGGAUGUGAAGAAACUUAAAACUGAGCAUGCACCUUCUCCCUCAAGUGGUGGAACUUUAAAGAAUGACAAGGCAAAAACAAAGCCACCUCUUCAGGUAACAAAGGUGGACAAUAAUUUGAUUGUAGAUAAAGCCACCAAGAAAGCAGUUGUAGUUGGGAAGGAGAGUAAAUCUGCUGCUACAAAGGAGGAACCAGUAUCUCUUAAAGAGAAAACCAAACCACUUACACCAAGCAUAGGAGCCAAGGAGAAGGAGCAACAUGUGGCUUUAGUGACUUCUACAUUACCACCAUUACCUUUGCCUCCCAUGCUGCCUGAAGAUAAAGAUGCUGAUAGCUUACGAGGAAAUAUUUCAGUAAAAGCAGUUAAAAAAGAAGUAGAAAAGAAACUACGAUGUCUACUUGCUGAUUUACCACUGCCCCCUGAGCUACCAGGCGGAGAUGAUCUCUCAAAGAGUCCAGAGGAAAAGAAAACAGCAACACAGUUACAUAGUAAAAGGAGGCCUAAAAUAUGUGGGCCUCGCUAUGGUGAAAUCAAAGAAAAAGAUAUUGACUGGGGAAAACGCUGCGUGGAUAAAUUUGAUAUCAUCGGAAUUAUUGGAGAAGGUACCUAUGGACAAGUUUACAAGGCCAGGGAUAAAGACACUGGAGAGAUGGUAGCCUUAAAAAAAGUACGUCUAGAUAAUGAAAAGGAAGGCUUUCCGAUUACAGCAAUUCGAGAAAUUAAAAUUCUCCGGCAGCUUACCCAUCAGAGUAUUAUCAAUAUGAAGGAAAUAGUGACCGACAAAGAAGAUGCUUUGGAUUUUAAGAAGGAUAAAGGUGCAUUUUAUCUGGUAUUUGAAUAUAUGGACCAUGAUUUGAUGGGACUACUGGAAUCAGGCUUGGUUCAUUUUAAUGAAAAUCACAUAAAGUCAUUUAUGAGACAGCUCAUGGAAGGUCUGGAUUAUUGUCACAAGAAGAACUUUUUGCAUAGAGACAUUAAAUGUUCAAAUAUUCUUCUAAAUAACAGAGGGCAGAUAAAACUUGCAGAUUUUGGACUUGCUCGAUUAUAUAGCUCAGAAGAAAGUCGGCCAUAUACUAACAAGGUCAUCACUUUAUGGUACCGUCCGCCUGAACUGCUGUUGGGAGAAGAACGAUAUACACCAGCUAUUGAUGUAUGGAGCUGUGGAUGUAUCCUUGGUGAACUCUUCACUAAAAAACCUAUAUUUCAAGCAAAUCAGGAACUUGCACAACUAGAAUUAAUAAGCCGUAUAUGUGGGAGUCCAUGUCCUGCAGUGUGGCCUGAUGUAAUCAAACUACCGUAUUUCAACACCAUGAAACCAAAGAAGCAAUAUCGUCGAAAGUUAAGAGAAGAAUUUGUUUUUAUUCCUGCAGCUGCACUAGACUUGUUUGAUUACAUGCUCGCCUUGGAUCCUAGUAAGCGCUGCACUGCAGAACAGGCUCUUCAGUGCGAGUUCCUACGAGAUGUGGAACCUUCAAAAAUGCCUCCACCAGACCUUCCUUUAUGGCAAGAUUGUCAUGAGUUAUGGAGUAAAAAACGAAGAAGGCAGAAGCAGAUGGGCAUGACUGAUGAUGUUUCCACAAUUAAAGCCCCCAGAAAGGACUUGUCUCUGGGCUUGGAUGACAGCAGAACCAACACACCACAGGGUGUGCUGCCGUCUUCACAACUGAAAUCUCAGGGCAACUCGAAUGUAGCACCUGUAACAACAGGCCCUGGACAACAAUUAAACCACAGUGAAUUGGCAAUUCUACUAAACCUACUACAAUCUAAAACAAGUGUUAAUAUGGCUGAUUUUGUCCAAGUGUCGAACAUUAAGGUAAACUCUGAGACUCAGCAGCAGCUAAAUAAAAUAAACCUUCCUGCUGGAAUUUUGGUAACAGGUGAAAAACAGACGGAUCCAUCAACACCGCAACAGGAGUCUUCGAAACCAUUGGGAGGAAUUCAGCCUUCUUCUCAGAGCAUCCAGCCUAAAGUGGAGACUGAUGCUACCCAGGCGGCUGUGCAGAGUGCAUUUGCAGUUCUGUUGACUCAGUUAAUAAAGGCUCAGCAGUCAAAGCAGAAAGACGUGCUACUAGAAGAGAGGGAGAAUGGAUCGGGACACGAAGCAUCAUUACAACUCAGGCCACCUCCAGAACCUAGCACUCCGGUAUCGGGGCAAGAUGACCUCAUUCAGCACCAAGAUAUGAGGAUAUUGGAGCUCACGCCAGAACCAGACCGGCCUCGUAUUCUGCCUCCUGAUCAACGACCUCCUGAACCACCUGAACCACCACCAGUCACCGAAGAAGAUCUGGAUUAUCGGACAGAAAACCAGCAUGUACCCACCACUAGUUCUUCGUUAACUGACCCUCAUGCCGGAGUGAAAGCAGCGCUGUUACAGCUUCUUGCUCAGCAUCAGCCCCAGGAGGAUCCCAAAAGAGAAGGCGGUAUUGAUUACCAAGUAGGAGACACUUAUGUACCCACUUCAGACUACAAGGACAAUUUUGGAUCUUCUUCUUUCUCUUCUGGUCCUUAUGUUAGCAAUGAUGGUCUAGGAGGUAGCUCCGCUCCACCAUUGGAACGACGUAGCUUCAUUGGAAACUCAGAUAUUCAGUCUUUGGAUAACUACAGUACUACUUCAUCUCAUUCUGGUGGUCCACCUCAGCCUUCUGCCUUUUCCGAGUCAUUUCCUAGUUCAGUAGCUGGAUAUGGAGACAUUUACCUCAAUACUGGUCCCAUGUUGUUUAGUGGAGACAAGGACCAUAGAUUUGAAUAUAGCCAUGGCCCCAUUGCAGUCCUGGCAAACAGCAGUGACCCUUCCACAGGGCCAGAGAGUACUCAUCCUUUGCCAGCAAAGAUGCACAACUAUAACUAUGGUGGUAACUUACAGGAAAACCCGGGUGGCCCCGGCCUCAUGCAUGGACAAACCUGGACUUCUCCUGCCCAAGGACCUGGAUAUUCACAAGGAUACAGGGGACACAUUAGCACAUCAACUGGCAGAGGUCGAGGCAGAGGGUUACCAUACUGAGUAUCUGUUUUUCCUCAGGCACAUCAUUUUUAUCUGGAAAGACUUUUCUAGCUGCAAUUUAAGGCAGCAGUCCAAGAGACUUGAAUAAUAUUAAUUCAACAACAGCUUUAUUUUUAUGUGGAAAAGGGUCUUGCAUACAAUAGUUUAAAAAAAAGACAAAAAAACCUUUGCUUAAAUUCAUGCUGUUCUAAAAACUAGAUCUAUUAAUUGUACAUCUUCACAAAUUCUAGUUAACAAUUUUAUUUUGUAUUCUUGCAGUUUUAAGUGGAUGCUAAUCUUAGGGACAUAAAAGUCUUUUAUGGCCCUCUGCAGAUCUUCUGAACUAUGCACAUUUGUGCUUUUUUUGUAAGUUUGGACCAACUUUUAUGUAACAACCAACCAACUCCUCCCCCCUCCAGUUUUACAACAAUCAGAAAGGGCACUGAUUUAUUUGGUAUUUUUCUUUUUACAAAGCUACCUUUAGUCAAAGGUCACUGUCAGUCUUUGCACCUGCUUUCAGUGUUAUUGUGAAAGGUGUACUUUGUGCUCAUUUCAGAAAAUAAAACACAACCUUUCUCUUGAUGCAACAGUUUUAUAAAAAAAAAUGGUCAACGUUAUUUUUGUUUUAUUUUGCAGAUUAUCAUAGCCUAGCAAAAUGCAUUCAAAUGAAAUAGUGGGUUUUAUAUGAAAAUUAUGGGUGGGCUGGGGAGGGGUAAGUAAGUGCCUUAACAGGUAAGCUUAAGGUCUGAAAAAGUAGUUAACCUUUACACCCAUUUGUCUUCUAAAGGGAAUCAAUGCAUUGUAUUGAAGAGGCAGGGAGCUCUCACAUGUUUAGGGGCUGCCUGUUCAGUUCCUAUUAGAUCCAUUCCCUCUGCCAUCACACUUUCUCCUUUUCUGCCUGUCUUUGGGCUCUGUUACCUUCCACUACCACCUUCUCUUGAUAGAGGAGAACAAAGAAAGGGAGUAGAACUGCAAUCAGUACCUUUUGUUACUUCCGAGAAGUUCUAAAAAGUUUUGUCAUUUAAAUGGUUGAAAGUAAGAGCUAAAUGAGAAUUUUAGAGUACCAUUUUCUUUCAGGCUGCCAUAUUGUCCCUGUUUCCUUUUGCCAUGCAUAAUUGGAGGGCAGUAGCAUAGAAGCAAGGCAUAAUAACAGAAUUUACAUAAAUCUAUUGAAGUUCAUGGGGAGAGAGGUGGCAAACACCAUAUUUCAAGUUAUACAGUUGCCAUUUUAAGAAAAAAUUAACUCUGUUCACUUUACUUGUUAACCAGAAACAUUGCCUAGAUUGAAUUUAUUGAAGCAAAAAGAAAAAGUAGUGAGAAGAAACCCUCUUUUCCUUCCCUCACCUUCUGUGAGAUUUGUUAUGACUUCUGCCAGACUUAGAGCAACUUUAGUUCAUUGUAACAUUUUUUCUUUUAUUAGAAGCAACAAAGAAGGAUGGGCUAGCCCUUAUUUAAACUGUCAUGGUGUCAAGUCUAACUGUUCAUGAGCGCACACACACAAUUACAAUAAUUCUAGAAAGGAACCAAAGGUAAAUAACCAGUGUUUCCAUUAUCACUAACUGCAAAAAUAGACUCUGGAAAUGAGAGUUGUGCCAAUUAACCAUUUGUUUUAAUUGUUCUCCUGGUAACUUAUUUUUUGAUUGGAAUCUCAAAAUUGGAACAACUAUUAUAGAGUGGAAAUUGCUCCAGUUCUAAAGUCAGUCUUUUAACCUUGUGCCCUCUUAUCUGACUUGUGAACCUUCAUUUCAAAACAGUAUAUGGGAAACAUUCUAGUUUGGGGACAGUAAGGGUAUUUUAAAGUGGAUAAUUUACCAUUUUACUGCUAUAAAAUGAGUUGAUGUCAGUUGACUGUUUUAUUUUUUGAUGGAAUUUUUUUCUUGUUGGGGAGAAAUGAAUGAAAGAAAAAAUUAUUUUGCUUUUAUUUGAAUGUUGAGUACUAACAACUUAUAAUAAAAACUACAUUGCAGGAAGUGAAGAAAUAUUUUGAAAUUUAGCAAAAUAGCUACAGUAUUCAAGUAUCUGAAAUUUUAAUAUGGUGAGUCUUAGAGCUAUAAGUGACAGUAUCUAAGUUAUUCUUAAUAGUCACACUUGAUAAUUCUGCUGACUAUAGCAGCUAACCUAAAAUUGAAGAUAUUUAUGUGACAUGAAUAGCCUGUGUUUUAAAAAUUAAAUAUUUUAUAUAAAAUUGAA